AAACCGCGCUACACGUCAGAGUCGCACUGAUUGCUCAAAUGUUUCAUUGUAUCUUUAUGUUUGGUGUAAAUAUUGAGAAUACUGCAGCGGAAUGUUUGAACUCCGAUGAAACACGAGGCUCAAAGGCUUCUCUGAGAUAUACUUUCAACAACAACAACAACAAAAAACUUAUGGAGAAGCAAGAAGCAGCUUUUUGGAUCUUAAGGUUUUGACUAGCAUACGGCCAAGAAGAGCUUGUCAGCUCCACCCUUCCCAUGAUCUUGUUUGUCCACACCAUCUGAGUGGCGUUCGACAUCCUGGAUGAAGCACUACAGCUCUUUUCACGAUCCUUAACUGAUGGUGUUUUGGUGGACCUGAAGGUCAGCAGAUCUGGGAUCUUCUGAUGGAGCGGGUGUCAGGUAUCCGCUGCUGUGCCGCCCUGCGCUCUUGUUUUCCCAUACUCACCUGGCUCCCGGGGUAUAACCUGACCUGGCUGAAGAUGGACCUGAUCGCCGGUCUGACGGUGGGGUUGACGGCGGUUCCUCAGGCUCUGGCCUACGCGGAAGUGGCUGGUUUACCUGUGCAGUACGGCCUGUAUUCUGCGUUCAUGGGUGGUUUCAUCUACUGUAUAUUUGGCACAUCUAAAGACAUCACGCUGGGCCCGACGGCCAUCAUGUCGCUGCUGUGUUCGGCGUAUAUCGGUGGAGAUCCUGUGUUUGCGGUGGUGCUCACACUGCUGUGUGGCAUCAUCCAGGCAGGAAUGGCUCUACUGAGGCUGGGUUUCCUCUUGGACUUCAUCUCACAUCCAGUAAUUAAAGGCUUCACCUGUGCUGCGGCCGUCACCAUCGGCUUCGGCCAGGUCAAGAAUAUUCUGGGUCUGAAGGAGAUCCCACAGCAGUUCUUCUUACAGGUUUACUACACCUUCCACAAGAUACCUGAGGCCAGAGUUGGAGAUGUGAUUCUGGGUCUGUGCUGUCUGUUCUUCCUGGUCAUGUUGAUGCUGAUGAAGAAUUCUCUGGGUUCGUCUGAACACGAGGCCCCUCUCCUCGUCCGAUCUGCCCGAAGGCUGGUGUGGAGUUUAGCUACUAUGCGGAACGCUCUGGUCGUCAUAGCAGCGACGGGUGUUGCGUAUUCCGCAGAGGUCACCGGUCACCAUUUCUUCAGUCUCACCGGAAAAACUGCCGAAGGACUGCCUCCGUUCAAAGCCCCGCCCCUUUCAGAAACAGUAGCCAAUGGCACGGUGAUUACUUUCAGUGACAUUGCAAAGGACUUAGGCGGCGGUCUGGCUGUCAUUCCUUUAAUGGGCGUCUUAGAGAGCAUCGCUAUUGCAAAGGCAUUCAGCAGCAAGAAUAACUACCGAAUUGAUGCCAACCAAGAGCUCUUUGCCAUCGGUCUCACAAACAUCUUGGGCUCGUUCGUGUCGGCGUAUCCCGUCACGGGCAGCUUCGGAAGAACCGCUGUGAACUCUCAAACCGGAGUGUGUUCACCUGCUGGAGGGAUCGUCACAGGUGUUAUAGUGCUGCUGUCGCUGGCGUUCCUCAUGCCGCUCUUCUUCUACAUUCCUAAAGCGUCGCUCGCUGCCGUCAUCAUCUGCGCCGUCAGUCCCAUGAUAGACUUCAGAGUGCCAGUCCAGCUCUGGAGAGUCAAGAGACUUGAUCUGCUGCCGUUCUUGGUGACGUUUGUGGUCAGUUUCUGGGAGGUGCAGUAUGGCAUUGUGGGAGGUGUGGUGGUUUCUGGUUUCAUGCUGUUGCACAUCGUGGCCAGACCCAAAGUGAAAGUGUCUGAUCACGGCGUGCUGCUUCUGGAGCUGGACAGUGGGCUGAACUUCCCCGUGACGGAGCAUCUCAGCAGACUCGUGUACAAACACGAUCUUCAGGUGUCUCCUCGGCGCUGUCUGGUUCUGGACUGUGCUCACGUCAGCUCUAUAGACUUCACUGUCAUCCAUGAACUGACUGAACUGCUCAAACAGUUCGAGCUGAGGGGAGUAUCCAUGAUCUUCGCUGGACUAAAGCGCAACUGUCAUCACUGUCAUGUGACGACCAGCAGAGGGCGUCGCGUCUCGAGGGCGGGAAUUGAACGUCCCCCUCUCUUUCUCUGAUUGGCCAGCAAGGAGCCUGACGGAGCGGGGCGGGUCCUUCGCGGGGAAUCUCGCCCUCU